GCGCCUGUGCGUUUCUUUUCCUUUAAGAUGCGUACAUUGUGGCGGUAAAUGUGGUUCUAUAACCCGUCUGCAUAUAUGCAUUAUCCGUUUAUAAUACCUGCAAAAUAAUUUUUAACAGUUCGUGGUUAUUUGGAGCGACUGCACGAAACGUUUUUUUUGUUCAGUUUAUCGCGGCUUAAGCACCGUUUUAUUUACAAAAUUUAAGUCGGCCGAAACUGUAGUGGGCGGGGGGCAAAGAGAACGGCCUAGAAGUAGUAUACGGUGGAGAAAGAAAGGGGAGGGGGUGUUCAACGAAAAUACUUUCCCUUUAAAAACGAGUGGGACAUAACGGUGAGGAGAAAUAGAGGAGGGGGGAGAAAAACAAGAAAUUAAAAAAAGAAAAGGAAGAAAGAGAAAGGGAGGGAGAGAGAGAUAGAAAAAAAAAGAAAGAUGUCAUCUUCUCAAUUUAACACCCGGUGUGGAACGACGAACUGCGGCCGGGCGGGAGCGCUCUAGCUGAGGCCAGGACUGAACGCAAUACCGAGGCUUCGACCCGCCUUGGCCUAUUAAGGAAAACAAAAUAAAAACAAUAUUAACUAUUGUUCUGUGAUACGCUUUAGAACCAGUACUUACCAUAGCGUUGAAAUAAUGUCUUCAAAUAUAUUUUGCUAGCAUUUCAUUAUUAAUAGCUAAUCAGAUUUUUCUUUUUUUGCAUGAUUAGCUCGCUAGCUAACAAUUACUGUUAUUUCGAGUGUAUCGAAAUGAGCUUUCAAAGUCUACAAUUACCUAAUAUUACAGUGUUAACGAGGUAGUGUUUACGGGGAUUCUGUGCGUUUCAAUCAGUAAAUAAGCUAGCUAGCCACCUGGCUAAGAGUUCAAACCAAAACGUAGAAGCUAACUAGAUUGUGUCAACAUCUAGCUAGCCAGCUGGUUAGUUAUUGAUAGCUUUCUGUUUAAAAUGAUUGCAUAUGAUUAGCUAGUCAGCGCAAUAGCUAAUACAUGCAAACAAUGAACUAGGUGCAUUUCGAUGAAAGCAGAAUUUAUAACAAAUUGUGUUGCAUGUAAAUUAAGAGUAGCAGCUAUAGAGCUACUGCUAUAAGCUAGCAAGCUAGGUCAUUUUGAACAGGGCGAUUAUCAUCAAUCUCGAUUUCAAUAAGACGUAACCGAUCUGUCAGGUAUAUAGUAUUAGGUAGUUAUAGGAUAAGUAGGUUAUAUCGACUUUGUUGAUAUUGUUCAUUGUAUAAAUACUUCUAUUUGGACGAUUAUUCUCUUCAUCGUGGUUCAAAAUGGAUGCUGCUUGGAGUAAUUUUCUGUUUCAGAAUACACCCACUCAAACCCAAGUGGAAGCAACUCUCCAAUCAGACCUCCUCCCAGUCCUCACAGGCUCUGCCCAGAAUCCACCCACAGAGCACAUAGCUCCACCUCCUUCCACAGUGGACACUGCUGCUCUGAAUGAAGAACCUUUACCUGUAAAACCAGCGUCUCGCCCAGCUAGAGCUGCUCAUAUCUGCCCCCUGUGUAACAAGCAGUUCAAGAACAGCUACAACCUGCGCCGCCACCAGUCAGUCCACACAGGAGUCCGCAUGAAGGACAGAGCUGCCAGAGACAGGGAGGCGGGAAUGAAGGAUGGAGCGGCAGCAGCAGUCGGACGAGUGGAGAGACAGACUGUACCUCUCUCCUUACUCCAUCUCUCUGUCCCCCAACCUCUUCCCCCUCCCGCUAUGUCAGUUCCUCAUGCACCUACUCUCGGAAAUCAAGAAGGCGACGUGGUUGCCAUGUCAGUCACCGCAGCUAGUGUUGCCAUGGCUGGCCCUCCUCCUCCUGCUGUAGUGGUUGCUGGGGCAACAGUACAGCAGCGUGCGGCUAACCCGAGCCCAAACCCAGUGCGCAAGAACCACGCGUGUGAAGCCUGCGGGAAGGCCUUUCGGGACGUUUACCACCUGAACAGACACCGGCUGUCCCACUCAGAUGAGAAGCCUUACUCCUGCCCCAUCUGCCAGCAGCGUUUUAAGCGGAAGGACCGCAUGAGCUACCACGUGCGCUCCCACCAGGGUGGCGUAGAGAAGCCCUACGUCUGUCCCCACUGUGCCAAGGGCUUCUCACGGCCUGAUCAUCUGAACAGUCAUGUAAGACAGGUCCAUUCAAAAGAGAGACCCUUCAAAUGUGAGACAUGCGAAUCUGCCUUUGCUACACGCGACCGGCUCAGAGCUCACAUGAUCCGCCAUGAAGAGAAGGUGCCAUGUCACAUCUGUGGCAAGCUGCUGUCUGCUGCAUACAUCACUGAUCACAUGAGGGUGCACAACCAAUCACAGCACCACGCCUGCCACCUCUGCAACCGCAGCUUCACUACUCUUACGUACCUGCGUGUCCAUGCACAGAAGCACCACGGUCAGGAGUGGAAGGAGAGUGCGGGUCAGAGAGGGGGAUUUGGGGGAACCGGGCCGGGAGGUGUCCUGUUGUGUCAACUCUGUGGGGUGCAUUGCAAGACCCCCACCCAACUGCAAGGCCACAUGGGCACUCACACCAGCCCUCACACCACCCCCAGCCCCAUCGCCACCACCACGGUAUCCAGCAGCUCCAUUUCCCUGGGCAACAUGGUUUCUGGCCCCAGUGUGUUCGUCAGUGGGAACACAGGGGUGGGGCUGCUGGUUUCUGAUUGUUCUGGCAUUGCCCCCCAGUCCCACAGCUAGCAGGAAGGACUAAGGGGAUAGGGAAGAGAGAGCCGGUGGGCGAGAGAGACCAUGGGCCACAGUCAAGGUGAGGGAGGGCAUGUCCUUUCUCUGCUUUUCCAUCUGUUUUAUGUCAGUUUGUGUCUGUAUGAAUUUCUGUCUACCCCCUCUUUUUCUCUCUUCACCCUGUUUAGAGAAACUAUUGUCUACUCAAGUGUGUACGUGCUAUUACCUCUCUCACUCUCUGUCAGUGUUACUGUACUGAUGUGUCCUGCAAGUUUGUGUGAAUCAUACUAACCAGUUCUCUCAUUCUGUCCUCAGUUUGUUGAUGUCCUUCACUUCGAUCACUCAGCCAGCUGUAGAGGGUAGGGUGUUCAGAGGAUCCAACAUGGAAUCCUAUUUGCUGUACCCUACCCCCCUCAGCCAACCUCUUGCAGAAAAAGAAAAGGCAGGAAUUUGAAGACUCAGAAAGUAGAAAAUCAUUUGAACUCAGUCACUGACCAUGAAAUACAGUAGCUAACUUGGUUAUGGAAAUGGAAGAAACAAACAAUAUGCUGUUAUAUGGAAUAAAAUCACACUACUAGAAUGGUGUGUUAGAAAGGGACUUGAUCCUUCUGGAGAGGUACCUGCGUAGUUUUGUUCAACAGCAAAACUACGUAUUGCAAUGCUAUAUACUGUAUGCAGGUAUACCCCGUAUUCCAAUUAGUAUGCAUUCCAGUGGGUAGAACCACUAACCGAAACAGAGCAUAAGGGCAUAAUUUUAACUUUGGUGAUGUGUUCCCUGCAGAAUUGUGGCAUAUCGGUGAACGAUGAAUCAAAAAAAUUUACAAAUCGUCAUAGAAGCGUAUAAAUGCGGGAACACAUUAAAUUAUGUAAACACAGUAAUUAGAAUUCUUUAAAACUUGGGAGUAAAAAAAAAAACAGCCAAUCUAUAUUCAGAAUCUGCAAUAAAGCGUUUAAGUUUUCCAAAA